GGUUCCGCGCGGGAGCUGCCCAGCCUCAUCCCUCUCCCUCUUCAGCCUCCUUCCGAUCCCGAGUCCCGGCUGCAGCAUGAGGGCGGCGCGGACCCGGACGGGGACCCCACGGGCGGCGCUGCUGCUGCUUUGCCUCCUGGCGCUGGCCGUCCUGCCCGGUCCUCCGGCCGCCGCCGAGGCGUGGUACAAGCAGGCCGCCGGACCCAGCUACUACUCGGUCGGCCGGGCUUCGGGGCUGCUCUCGGGGCUCCGACGCUCGCCCUACAGCCGUCGAGCCGACGACAACGAGCAGCAGCAGCAGGCAGGCGGCGGAGGAAGCAGCAGCAGCAGCAGCACCGAAAACGGCGCCGUCCCCGGACUCCCUCCCGCCGCAGCAGCAGCCUCCUCUUUCUGGGCGCCUGAGCCGCGCCUGAGUCCCGGAGGACUGAGGAAUAUGGCGGUGUGCGUGAAAGAGGUCUCCCCGGAGCUGCGGAGCUGCCAGCUGCUGCCCGGCCUGCCCAGCGUGGUCCAGUGCCAGGCCGACGUCACCGUCUCCCUGGACCCCGCCGACUGCAGCCCCGCCCCUUGAAGACCCGCCGCCGGAGGAGAAGAGCCCAGGCGCCCCCCUGGAGGAAGCCAAGCCCUCGGGGACCCCUGCAAAGAAGGCCUGCCCCCCGACGCCCCUCACAGACAAGAAAUAAACGCGCUUGA